UCAAAUAAGCUAAGCAGAUUACAGAACUCGCGACACAAGACUCACCCCUUAGCACACUCGACCAUCUACCGCUCCAGAAAUCUCUGAACCACUAUGCCCAAAGACGAUCCAGAAACAGCAAAGUUAAAAAAAGAACUCGAAGAUCUAAUAAAAAAAUGCCAGGAGGAGCAGGCAAAGUGUGUGGACAAGAAAAUGGAAGAAAUCUGCGCAGACAUGGCUGAUCCGCCCAAAGUUAGACUCACUACAAAAAAGAUGCUCAAAGGACACAUAAACAAAGUAAAUUCAGUCCACUACAGUGGUGAUAGCAGGCAUGCUGUGACUGGAUCUUUGGAUGGAAAACUCAUCAUCUGGGACACUUGGACAGGGAACAAGGUGCAAGUCAUUCCCCUGCGUUCCGCCUGGGUCAUGAGUGUUGCCUUCGCUCAGAGUGGUAAUUAUGUCGCCUGUGGAGGGAUGGAUAACAUGUGCACUGUGUAUGAUGUGAACAAUCGAGACUCUACUGGGGCUGCCAAGAUUGUGAGGGAGUUGCUUGGCUACGAGGGCUUCUUGUCUUCCUGUAGGUUCCUUGAUGACAAGACCAUCCUCACUGGUUCUGGUGACAUGAAAAUAUGUAUAUGGGACUUGGAGGCUGGCAAAAAGACCACAGACAUAGACCAGGCACAUGCAGGAGACGUGGUGUCCAUGUCACUGUCUCCAGACAAGAACACGUUCGUAACGGGAAGUGUGGACCGAACCUGCAAGUUGUGGGAUCUACGAGACAACACUUGCAAACAGAUUUUUUUUGGCCAUCAAGCUGAUGUAAACUCUGUUUGUUACCAUCCCAAUGGAUUUGCAUUUGCAACUGGCUCUGAGGACAAGACAUCCCGAAUGUAUGAUAUCCGAUCUGAUCAACAAGUCGCACUGUACGAGCCACCAAAUAAGACCUCAGGCUUUACAAGCUGCGGACUAUCACUAUCAGGCCGUUUUGUGCUCUGUGGCAGUGAUGACCAUUCUGUCCACAUUUGGGACACUAUGAAAAACCAACACAAUGGCUGCCUGGCAGGCCAUGAGAACAGGAUCACAUCAUUGUCAGUCUCUGGAAAUGGCAUGGCAGUGACUACCUGUUCAUGGGACCAGAAUGUCAGGGUUUGGGGAUAAAAAUAUUGUCUCUGUGUUGUCAUACUCUUAUGUUUACAUUCAAUCUUAUCAAGAAUAAUGUAUUUUACAUAACUUUUAAUUAAUUAAGAGGUCCUUAUUAUUAUUAAUGUGUUUGUAUUACAUGUACAUUUUUCAUGUCUUGAUUCUGGAAUAACACAACACUGUAAUUUGAUAUUAUUUUGAAGUUUUUAAACAACUGUAUGAAAUGCUACGAGAUCAAGAAAGCUUUACCUAUCUAUAUUGUUUAACAUCCUUAUUGUGGUUCUCUACUUAGUGAUCUUGAAUUCUGAAUAGUAACAACCAGCACGUAGUAUGGCGUCUGCUAGUCAACAUGUCAAAACAAUAUAAAAAAUCUGUUUCUUGCAUUUUCAUAUUAGUAAUAUAAGUAGACUACAUUAAAAAUAUGUCGAUUACCAAUUAUUUUUACUGAACCUCUCCUUAUUUAGUGGACUAAGAAACUUGAAUAACAUUAGUAAAAGCCAGAAAAACUUAAUAUUUGUUUCAUUUUAUUUAGCGAUAUGUUUUAUGAAAAAUUACUGAAAGUACCUGUACAUUGAUUGAUAUGUUUCAUGAAAGUUAUAUGAAUUGAAUUAAAUACAUCUUAUUACUUUUUUCAUCACAUAUAUUUUAUUUAACUACCAGUAUUUUACAAAAAGAUAAUUUUUGAGUGCUUAAAAACUAAUUGGCCACUCAUUAAAAAGUCUGUCUUUAAGAUCUUUUCUUUAGUAUUAGAUUGAAUUUAAAAUUUGAAAUCCUUAGAAAGUAACUAGUCUUAGCAAUUUAUUUUAUUUCAUAUUUUUUUACUUUCAGUUUGUUUACUUUAUUUUAUAAGAAGGAUUACAUCUGGCAGUCCACUAUAAGCUGUCAUGGGUAAGUUUGUUAUGUGUGUGCGUGUACAUUGAAGUGAAACUCUUUUAUUAGCUAGUUUUACAUAAUUUAAAUAAAUUAAAUUCAAUAUUUGUA